AUGCUUGCAUUACCAUCGAAAUCAAGACUAUCUUUUCGCAUAAAAGCACCCCGAUACCAUGCUCAUUGUCGUACCCAGCUAAAACCUAGUUUCCAACGAGAUUAUGCCAGUCCCAUUCCCGCAGAGACGGCCUUGCGCACUGCUCUCUUCUUUCCUGGUCAUGGUGUACAGCGUGUGGGAAUGGCGAGUUCUUGGGUUGAGAGGUUCCCAAAAAUAUCCAGCAUAUUCCUAGAUGAAAUGGAUUCGAUCCUGGGUUUCAAAUUGUCUCACAUCAUCUCCGAAGGACCAAAUUCGGAGCUCGAUAAAACCGAAAAUUGUCAGCCGGCUAUAAUGGCAACUUCAAUACUAAUCCUUCGAAUACUUGAAGAGGAGUUCGGCUUCAUGACGAGCUCACGAGUGGAUGCUACACUCGGACAUAGCUUGGGGGAGUUCUCGGCACUUGUUGCUGGAGGUUAUAUCGAUUUCAGCGAUGCACUGAAGUUGGUGAGACGGCGUGCAGAGAUAAUGUCUGAGUGCACGCGGGCUGCUAUUAAGAGAUCAGGCGAUGAAUUUGGCAUGAUAGCACUUGUCUGUGAGCCUGACCACAUGAGUGAAUUGCUUUCUACCAUUUACGAUUUCAUUGGACUUGGCCCAUCGAGUCUGAAAGAUGAUUCGAGCCAAUGGUAUAAUGCAUUUCAACAAGUCAUGGUGGCAAAUAUCAAUUCAAGGAAUCAGAUUGUACUGAGCGGCAACAUUUCAAAAAUAAGAGCUCUGCUUGUCCAGCUUCGUCAAUUUGGAGGACACGAUCCCCGUGCGGUGAGACUGAGAUGCGAAAGUCCCUUUCACAGUCCUAUUAUGAUACCAGCAGCCAACUACAUGAAAAGUGCCCUUGAACAUAUGAAUAUCAAUUUCCCAGCACGAAUGCCAUGUAUCUCCAACGUUUCGGGCUUACCGUUCAAUUCCAAGGAAGAGCUCAGGUUUCUAUUAUCACAGCAGUGUGUCGAUACGGUAAAAUGGUGGGACAGUAUUCGAUACCUAGAUCAGACGCAUGCAGUAACACGCUGGAUUGGCAUCGGACCUGGGAAAGUCGGUAGAAAUCUGGUUGGGAAAGAGGUCGGUAAGGUUAUGGUGGAAGGCGGCGGUGUUUGGUCUAUAUCUGACCCCCUGGAGAUCGCAAAUGUCCUUUCUGCGUUGGACAAGACUGAGAGUGACCCUCCACACGAUCGAAAUGUAUGACUCGUGCGAGAUGCUUCGCCCCACAAACUGUGUUUUCACUAUAUACCCAUCUCAUAAUAACCAGAUUGGUCAAAUCGACUUGACUCCUCGAUCCUUUAAUCACGCAUUGAACUCUUCUCAUAGUACACAAUGUAGAAUUACACAAAGCACUGGGUCAACAUCGAAAAUUAUCAACUGAUACUUUGCGAUCGAUAGAUGUCUCCUACAAGUGCCGUACAUUAGAGAAUGCUAUACCG